CCAAGUCUGAAUAUCCGGUCUUUUAAUGUUUCAACGUAAACCUGGUUGGGCUGCGGUUGCUAUGUUUACGAUAAAAUGAGCACGAAGGCCUUAAUGGAGGAAAAAGAAUCAAGGAAUACAAUACUAUUCAGCUCAACUAAAAGAGAAAUCUACACUCUAAACAAUGGGUUGAAGACCAUGAGCAGAAAGUUGAAAUCAUCAUGGCGCCUUGUUCCAAACAAAGAUGACAUUUCUCCAGACAAAUUGAACCAAGCAAGAAUUUUUGUAAUUCCCGGAGCAAGAGAAAAAUUCACGUCUGCUGAGUUUUCUGCUCUGAAGGCAUAUGUGGAGAGUGGAGGAAGUGUUUUGGUCCUACUGGGUGAAGGUGGAGAAGCAAAAUUAGAGACACACAUAAACUUUUUUCUUGAAGAGUAUGGUAUAGCUGUUAACAAUGAUGCAGUUGUCAGAACCUCUUACUACAAAUAUCACCAUCCAAAGGAAGCUCUAGUCACAAAUGGGGUUUUAAACAGAGCCAUCAGCCAAGCUGCUGGUAAGGUGAUGUUUGGGGCCAUGGAUGAGGACAGCAACAAUGCUCAGGCGCUGUCAUUCCUUUACCCAUAUGGGGCCACAUUGAAUGUUGUCAAACCUGCCUCAGCUGUCUUGUCUACUGGCACUGUCUGUUUUCCUCUCAACAGACCUGUUUGUGGUCUUUAUUCCUCCAAGCAUCAUAAAGGAAAGAUUGCUGUCCUAGGAUCUGUGCAUAUGUUUAGUGAUCUCUACCUCGACAAGGAGGAAAACAACAAAAUAUUGGAUGUAUUGAUUCAGUACUUGACGACAGAUGAAAUCAAACUUAACCUGAUUGAUGCAGAAGAUCCAGAGAUCAGUGACUACAGCCAGUUGCCAGACAUUGCUAGACUGUCAGAGCAGCUGAAGACAUGUUUACAGGAGAGUGACGACAUCCCACGUGACAUCACCACAUUGUUUGACAGCUCCAUGUUCAAGCUAGAUACAUCUCUCGUCCCUAAAGCCAUCAAGGCAUAUGAAGAACUGAAAGUGAAACAUGAACCACUGACUUUGAUCACACCACAGUUUGAGACACCACUUCCGCCUUUAACUCCGGCUGUAUUCCCUCCAUCGUUCAGAGAGUUACCUGCCCCUUCAUUAGAGCUCUUUGAUUUAGAUGAACAGUUUUCAUCGGAGAAAGUUAGAAUUGCACAGAUUACCAAUAAAUGCACUGAUGAUGAUCUGGAGUACUAUGUGCGGGAGUGUGGGGAGAUUCUGGGGGUGACCCAUCAUCUGCCUCAGGAGAGCAGGACAGCCAAGCACAUUCUGGAGCAUGUUUUCACACAAAUUGUGGAGUUCAAGAAGUUAAACCAGGAUCCACAUUAUGAUGGGGGAUUGGCUUGAUGACCUUUGCACUUUCUAGGGGCAGUAAUCAAUGAUAGUUGAACAUUUUCUACACUAGAGUUACAUGGCCUAUGUAGAUAACCAGGCUGUCAAAUUCACAAUAUCUUGUUAAGAUUUUUACUUUAUCCUGUGGUCCAUGUCAUUUUCUUGGUGUUUGUUUUUACACUGGUAGGAUAUUUCAAACUUUGUUCUACAAGGCACAGCCUUAGUUUAUUAAAACUAAAUUAUAUCAUUGUUAAAAGAAAAUUGUCUUUAUAUUUGCAUUUGGCUUUAAAAGAAUAGCUUUCUUAAAUCUAAUCACUAAGGGUUGUGAAAAAAAAUUCAUUAAAGGAAAGAUAAUCUUUAUAAUUUAACUCCCUUUAAUUAUUUU